AUGAGUCGAGCAGAGCCCUCCAUCGUGGGGCAAGGACCCGAUGAGGCCUUCUUUACGCCAGCCGAUGCCAUCGUCCUCGACCAACUCUACAGAGACAUCCAGGACGUCAAAGCUGGAGCCCAGGCCGCCGUCGAGGAGCACCGCUCUUCUCUCUCGCAACUCGAGAACAUGAACAACACCAAGCAUCCCGACUUCCAGCCCACGGCCUUCGCAUCGUGGGACUACAAGCAGCUUCCCGACCUGAACCACAAAACCCUCAAUUCCAUCCGCUCAGCCAUCCUCCAUAGCUACAUCACGUGGGCCCGAACCGUGGUGCGCCACGAAACCGAUGUGGUUUUCCUCUCUCACAUCCUGAUGUACUUCUGUACGUCCGUUCCCAGCGCCCUGUAUCUGUUCUUCGAGAACUUCACCUACCUGCAUGCGAUCAUCCAUCUGCUGGUCACGGUGUGGUACUCGGGCGCGUUCACGCUCUUGAUGCACAACCAUAUCCACAACAACGGCGUCCUCUCCAAGCCCUAUGCCGCCUUCGAUUGGGCUUUCCCCUAUAUCCUGGAGCCCUUGAUGGGCCAUACAUGGGAUUCGUACUAUUACCAUCACGUGAAGGCCCAUCAUGUCGAGGGCAACGGACCGGACGAUUUGUCAACCACCAUCCGCUACCAGAGGGACUCGGUUUGGUGCUUCUUGCACUACGAGAUUCGGUUCUUGUUGCUGUGUUGGUUUGACCUGCCGAGAUACUUUAUCAGGAAGGGGAAGUACAACUUGGCCGUCAGAGUUGCGUGUACGGAGUUAUCGUCGUAUGCAUGCCUGUGCCUGCUGGCGAAGUGGCAGUUCAAACCGACCAUAUUCGUGUUCUUGCUCCCUUUUGUAGUUAUGCGUAUAGGGCUGAUGAUCGGGAACUGGGGUCAGCACGCUUUGGUCGAUGAUGUGGAGCCGAAUUCGGAUUUCCGGUCGAGCAUCACAUUGAUUGAUGUGCCCUCCAACCGCUUCUGCUUCAACGACGGCUACCACACCUCGCACCACCUCAAUCCACGCCGCCACUGGCGCGACCACCCACACGCCUUCCUCUCAGCCAAAGACCGCUACUCCAAAGAGGGCGCGCUCGUCUUCCACAACAUUGACUAUCUGGAAAUCACAUUUCGAUUGCUGACAAAGAAUUACAUGCGUUUGGCGCAACAGCUGGUGCCGAUCGGGGAUCAGAUCGGGAUGAGCCAGGCGGAGAUUGCGGAGAUGCUGCGGAAGAAGACGAGGAGGUUCACCGAGAAGGAGAUUAGGACGAAAUUCGGGAAGCGUGCGAGUUGA